CCUUUGCAUGGGCCUUUAAAAACCUCCCGAACAGGGGGGGACCACUUUCAAAAGAGAGACUCAACAUCCAGAGGGACCGGUCCAUAAAGACAGCCAGUCAGUCACAACCAGAGAUCUUUAACAUUAAUCAUGGAUAAUCAUUCCUACAACUUUCCAUCUGACUGCACCCCACUCACAAACUGUAAGUCUGCCCGCAAGCCGGCUGGAUCCACCGUGGUGGACAUGGGCAACACGGGGAAGAAUCCUCCCCGGGACUAUCUUCUCUGGUCGCUGUGCAACACCUUUUAUGUCAACUUCUGCUGCUUGGGCUUCAUGGCACUCAUCUACUCUAUCAAGGCACGGGACCAGAAGACUCUGGGCAACCUGCAGCUGGCCCAGGAGUGCUCAGACAAGGCCAAGUGGUACAACAUCCUGGCAGCCGGCUGGAACCUGCUGAUUCCACUGCUGGCCAUUGUCCUGAUUGUCCUCCUGCUUGUCCACCUUGGCUCUUCUAGGGGUUCCUUCGAUUUUCUGGGGGAGGAUGGGUUCCAGAACUUCUUGAAGCUGUUCAGCUGGUAGAUAUAGGCAAAACCUCUGAUUGGAUUCAGAAGAUGAUGACAGACAUGAUAGCUUAGAAUUUAUUCAUGUCUAUAUGUUUGUUUUCUCUGUGAAGACUUGUCCUGCCGUAGGUGUUAAAACUUCUGCUCAGAAUCUGAAUUAACUGUAACACUGAUUAUUUAUUUUAGCAGCAUUAGCGACUCUUUGCCAAAAAAUUAUACAAUUACAAGGCUUAAAGGCGAAUUCAAGCAGUGUUUUGAAGCAGUGCCAAAAAUGUGAAUUACAUCUGAGUAUUUCCUAAUAUGAAAAGUAAGAAAGGAAAAAUUUUAGACCAUGCUGACAUUUUACGUGGUGAACCGAAGGCUGAAAUGGGCUGAAAGCCAAAAUGAAGGAAUAAAUAGAGUAUGAGUGCCUGUAGUGAAAGAUGUGAUGUCACUGUGAGCUUGUUGAAAAAUGAAAUAUUCUUUAGCUAACUAACAUCUUGCAACUAAAACCACAAUUUUUGCUUGUUUUAGCAAUUUAAAGCAACAGAAAAUGUGCCUAACUGUGGGACACAACGCUAUGUUAGCAGAUAUUAAUCGUCUACACUUUUCCAAGAGACCAUUGUUGAGUUUGUCAGUGUUUUCUCAGCCAGACAAUAUCCUUGUAACUACACUGGUGGUUGCAGUCUGUCUCCAGCUAAUUCAGCUCGGCUGGUCUCUCUAUUGGCAUUUGCGAGAUGCUAUCAUUUGUCUAAAGUCAUCAAAGAUUGUACGUUCCCGCGAUUUUUUGGAUCUCAUUCGUUCGUUGGAACACUAUUCGGCUGACAAAGCAGCCACAAUCGUGUAGAUGUGUAAAAUCCACAAAUAUAGUGUUAUAUCCCAUGGAUAUAAAUAUUUUUGAGGUGUUUCAAAAUGCUAAAGUCACCUAAAAUGUUGGGUCAGAGGAGCUGAUAGCAUUUUUCUUUUUGUCGUUCUUUUCUACAAACUCCCUGCAAGAUCACAUCUCUACAGGAUGUAAGAGAACUGUUGACAGCACAAAAACAAAUAAAAAAAUAAAAACUUUUUCUUUAAGGCCCGAUUCAUGGUUAGUCACAAAAUUCAGCUCCUUUAUUUUUGGUAUUUAUUGUAUUUAUGCGAAGUCAAAUUAGAUUGAUUAUUGGAAAUGUCUUUGGUCUGGAUAGAAAGAUAGAACAGAAAUAAACUGGUGGAGCCAAAGUUUGAAAGCCAAAAUGUUGAGAAGCCUUUUUACAAUGGACAGUGAAUUUUACAUAUUUCAGCAUUUCUCACAUUACUUUAUAAAUUGCUUUUUAUUAUUAUUAAUGUAUGUCAUUAGUUUUUUUUUUUUGUUUUAAGUAUUUUUCUGUUGUACUGCUUUUUGUCAACCUAUGAAAUAAAUAAAGCAGACUCUGUAUAAACACAGUACAUCACCAAAAGAAGGAAAAGAGAAACUUAUAUUGAGGACUCCAUACAGUGAAGUUAUUUUCUAUCACCACUCAGCCAAUGAGAAUAGGUGUUAAGAGGUGUUCCUCCGGAUGGCUCCUGUGGUUCCUGCUGCUGCACCUACACCCAACUUUAAAGUGAUCAUUUUGGUUUUUCAUGGCCUGACUCUGGGGUGGGUCUGUCUCCCAGCUGUGUGUUUGGCCCUCUAGCAUUUAUAUACAGAACGUCCAGUUCUGAGAACCGUGUUAAAUGUGCCCUUUAGAUGUAAGGUGGAGCCGCCCGGAAAGACAACUACAGACGACCAAAUGCAGGGCCCUGGUGGACAUGGUCCAAGUCUGCUCAAUCUGCUCUCAGUUUAACAAAUGAUUACUCAUACUGAAUGUGAAGCAUUUCAGAAAAGACUCUACUGGCUGCACUUGUUGUCCACUGGCUGGAUAUAGCCACUAAGCCACUAAAAUAAAAUCUCUGUCCCACACUUUACUGCUAUAAAACAAGAAGACAAAUAAAAAUACAAAAUUUGAGGUUUCCAGUUAUGGAAGUUAAUGAUCAAGGUUUAUAUUUUUGAGGUAAUGUUAAUGAAGAAAUAAAAUUUUAAGAAUAA